AUGUAUGAUUCAGGCGACAGUAAAGCUUCAAUCGCACAAUCUUUCAUUUGGUGUUUUGAUACUACUGUAACAGUGUUAAGUACUAUUUCACGUAUUGAACGAAUAACAGUGAUGGCUGCAGAACAAUUACACUUUGUUAUUUUAGGAGCUGGAAUAAACGGAUUGUCAUGUGCGGUUCGUUUGUCACAUGAAUAUCCUCGUUCAACAGUACAUAUUAUUAGUGAACAUUUUAGCCCCAAUACUACUAGCGACGUUGCGGCUGGACUAUGGGGACCGUACUGCCUAGAAGGAACGUCAGAAUAUGAAUGUAGGAGUUGGGCACAGGAAACGCACAACUAUUUCCUACAGCUUUGGCAAGAUGGAUAUGCUGAUAAGUGCGGAAUUUGUUUGGUGCCUGUUAUAGAAUUAUUUCAUAGAGACACAUCUUCUCCGUGGUGGCGAAAUAUUGUAUUCGGAUUUCAAGAAAUGUACCUAAGUUCUGAUGAUUUCGAUCUCGCUCAUCAAACGAAUUAUCGGAAUAGCAAAAGCGUUGCGUUUAUGUAUACAACGUUUACCUGUGAGCCUUCGAAGAUUAUGAAAUGUUACAUUGACACUUUAUCUAAUCGAAAUGUAAAAUUUUAUCAAAAACGAUUGCAAAGUAUCAAUUGCCUGGAAAUGUUAAACAUACAGGCAAAUGCAAUCAUUGUCAAUUGUCUGGGAUUGAAUUCGCAACACGUUUUUAACGAUCUUGAAUUAUUUCCUGUACGUGGUCAGGUUCAAAAAGUAAAGUCGAGUUCCGUAUUUCAUUCGUUUGCCAAUGAAUCAUGUUACAUAAUUCCUAACACAGACACAGUGGUUCUGGGGGGAACUAAACAGAAAAUCGAUAGUCUACGUAUAGACCCUAAUGACCGUUACUAUAUUAGAGCGAAUUGUUUCGCAAUUCAACCACGCUUGAAAAACGCAGCAAUUGUAAUGGAUUGUGUUGGAUUGCGACCAGCCAGGUCUUCCGGAGUACGUUUGGAAAUAGAAAUUAUUAGUUUUGAUAAUGGUCAGAAUCAUGCUGUAAUACAUAACUAUGGGCAUGGCGGCGCAGGAAUCUCUCUUGCAUGGGGUUGUGCAGGAACCGUAACACGCUUGGUGCAACAAUACAUCGGUGAAACGUCGAUUACUCGACUGAAAUUAUAGUCAAUGCAAAUUAUAGGAUACUGCUUACAUACAGAAAGAAGUUGUUACUCCUAAUUUUGAUGAAACAAAUAUAAUAUAUUUAGGAAAUA